AUGUGGAAUCCCAUCUCUUCUAUUCCCCUCCAAGAGAGAAUCCCUGGUAGAAACACCCUUCAGAGAGUCCUAGACCUCAUCAUCUUCUUUCUCCUUCUUCUCCUCCUCUUGUAUCGUCUACUAUCAUUCAACGUUCAUGGCGUAGCUUGGAAGCUUGCAUUCCUCUGUGAGUCAUGGUUCAUCUUCUGCUGGAUCCUCACCAUGAAUGCUAAAUGGUCUCCUGUUGAUUUCAUCACUUACCCUGAACGCCUCUUACAAUGGGUUGGUGAUGAGCUACCCCCAGUGGACAUGUUUGUGACAACAGCAGAUCCAGAUCUUGAACCACCAAUUAUCACUGUCAACACUGUGCUCUCCUUGUUGGCUGUAGACUACCCAGCUCACAAGCUAGCUUGUUAUGUCUCUGAUGAUGGAGCUUCUCCUCUGACCUUUUAUUCUCUUCUGGAAGCAUCUAAGUUUGCAAAGCUUUGGGUGCCUUUCUGCAAAAAAUAUGAAGUUCAAGUUAGAGCCCCCUUCAUGUAUUUUUAUACUGAGCCCACCAAGCCAACUUCCCAUCUCUCAUCCUCAGAUUUCCAAAGGGAAUGGAAGAAGAUUAAGAAUGAAUAUGAAGAGCUUUGCCAAAGAAUUGAAGAAGCUACUCAGAAAUCCGUUCCAUGUGAACUGAGUGGUGAAUUUGAAGCUUUCUCAAAUAUAGAAGGCAGAAACCAUCCGAGUAUAGUUAAGGUCAUAUGGGAAAACAAUGGAAAUCUUUCGGAUGUGGUGCCACACCUGGUAUAUGUGUCCAGAGAGAAGCGGCCCAAGCACCCGCAUCAUUACAAAGCAGGGGCCAUGAAUGUCUUGACUAGAGUCUCAGGAGUGAUGACAAACUCCCCUUUCAUGCUCAACGUUGACUGUGAUAUGUUCGCAAACAACCCAAAGAUCAUUCUCAUGGCAAUGUGUUUCCUACUUGGUUUCAAGAAAGAAAGCGAAAGUGGAUUUGUUCAGCACCCACAACAGUUCUACGGAGCCCCGAAGGAUGACCCAUUUGGAAACCAAUUGGUUGUACUACAACAUAAUUUGGGCCGCGGAAUAGCAGGAAUACAAGGGCCCUUUUAUAGUGGAACAGGAUGCUUUCAUAGAAGGGAAGUUAUAUAUGGGCUAUCACCAGAUGAAGCAGAAACUAAAGCAAGAUAUAUAAGUUUCAUAAAUGGAAAAUCACCUUAUGAAGCACUUCAAGCGAAAUUUGGAAAAUGUCUUGAAUUUAUGGAAUCAGCGGGUCGGGUAUUAUUUGUUAUGAAUGAAAAUCCGGACAAUCCGAAAGAUCUUUCGAUAUCUGUCAAGGCAGCUAUCUCAGUUGCAGCUUGUGACUACGAGUACAACACACAGUGGGGUAAACAGGUGGGGUGGUUCUAUGGCUCCACAACAGAAGACAUCCUCACAGGACUCAAGAUUCAUACAAAGGGCUGGAAGUCCAUUUAUUUUGACUCGAACCCAUCUGCAUUUCUUGGGUGCGCACCCCCAACUGGGCCCGUAACAUUGACCCAAAUGAAGAGAUGGUCCACUGGUCUCCUAGAGAUUCUAUUGAGCAACAACAGUCCUAUCCUCGGCUCCCUCAUUGCAAAGCUUCACUUCCGGCAAUGCUUGAGCUAUCUCUUCUCGUUGAGUUGGGCUCUAUGUUCUUUGCCUGAAUUGUGCUACAGUCUACUACCAGCUUACUCCAUCCUCACCAACACUAGUUUCCUACCAAAGGUCUCCGAACCGGCCUUCUUCGUUGUUGGUUCUCUUUUCCUGGUUUACAACCUUAGCACCCUAUCAGACUACCUCCGAUGUGGCUUAUCGGUCCGAGCAUGGUGGAAUAACCAGAAAAUGGCGAGGAUACAAUCGUCUACUGCGUGGUUGUUUGGGCUGUUAGCUGUCAUUCUCAAGCUAUUAGGGAUAUCAGAGACUGUCUUUGAAGUAACACGGAAAGACCAAAGCACAUCAAGUGAAGGUAGUGGUGACACAGACUCUGAAAGCGGCCGGUUCACUUUCGACGAGUCGCCAAUCUUUGUGCCAGCUACAACCCUCUUAUUGGUUCACCUAACUGUACUUGCAAUGGCUGGUUUGAGGGUCCAAUCUUUUCAAAUGGUCUAUGAUGGUCAGCCCGGGCCAGGCAUCGGAGAGAUCAUUUGUAGUACAUGGAUAGUGCUGAGCUUCUUGCCAUUUCUAAAAGGGCUUUUCCGGAAAGGUAUUUAUGGGAUUCCUUCUUCAAUAUUGUAUAAGUCGACCACUUUGGCAUUACUCUUCAUUUACUCCUCAAUGCGGCUAGGUUCAAAAAGUUAAACGUUGUGAAGAUUUACUCAUUUACCCUUCAAAGUUCAAACUUGAAGUCUGGUCACAUUCUUUGGGAUAGG